AUGUCCACGCCAUGUGCGAGUUUUGUGAGGGUGCGGCCCUUCAACGAGCGGGAGGCGAGGAUUUGCCCGGAAGGCUACUCCAUCCCGCGCGAGGUGAUCACGUGGGAUGGGAAGGACGUGCUGACGCUGCUCGACCCGCAGGAGGACUUCGCGCCGCGGCGAAACAGCACCUUCCACGGCAUGAACGUCCUUUGGUCGUUCAAGGACGAGGAGAGCGCGAUGCCGCCGUGCACGCAGGCGGAUAUCUACAACCGCGUCGUCGCGCCCGCGAUUCCGGGGAUUUUGGAAGGCUACAACGCGGCCUUCAUCGUCGCCGGGGCCUCGAACAGCGGGCGGCUGUACACCCUCUACGGCGACAACCCCGACGGGCCGAACCGCGGCCUGCUUCCCCGCUUCGCCGAGACCAUCUUCGAGGCCUUCGAGAAGCAAUCCCACGAGGAUAGCGUGCUCUCCCUGCGGAUGGAGUGCAUUGAUAUCGUGGGGGAGUCCUACGUGGAUUUGUUGGCGGUCCCGCGCGGUCGAACGAACGCGCCGCCGUUCGGCGGGGGGGAGGAUUUGAAGGUCGUGCAGGCCGCGGAGGGCGCGCGGCUGCACGGCGCCACCGAGGCGGAGCUCCGUGGGCCCACCGACUUCCGCGCCCUUCUCCGCCAAAUCCACCGCGGCGUCGUCGGGCGAAACCACACCCACACCGUGAGCCUCCGCUUCACCGAGACCUUCCGGUUUGACGAUCCGGAUAAUUUCGGGCAGCCGGUGAAUAAAUCCCGCCACGUCCACGUCGUGUUCGCGUUGCUGCGGAAUAUGCCGCCGGCCUUCCAGCGCUGCAUCGACGUCGCGGUCGAGCACGAUAGCGGGGAGAACCCCCUCGCGAAGGUGCCCGUGCGGGAAACGGCCUUUACACGGCUUUAUCCCUUUGUGCUGCAGCAAGGCUACCACCUCCACGUGAUCUCGUGCGUGAGCCCGUACUACGAGCACGUCCGGGAGAACCUCAACGCCCUUCUCUUCGCUGUGAAGGUGAAGAGCCUCGUGGGGAAGCCGAAGCUGCAUCAGGAUGAGCAGCUCCUCGAGAUGCGCCUCCUCGCGGAUGAGGUGAAAGACUUGAAGGUGACCGUCCGUCAGCAGAACGAGGCGACGCAGAUCGUGCAGAAGGAGCUGAACGCGCGAGAGCUGGAGUUGAUGCGGCAGGAGGCGAUGUACAACGAGGCCAACAGCGCCCUCAAGCAGCAGCAGGUCAAGCUGAGGCUCGUCGCGAUCGCACGGAACUUUGAGGCGACGCGGUCGAAGUACGCGCUUGAAAAAAUGCGGCAACAAUUCAAGCAAAAGCUAAGGGAGCUUGAAUCUUCACAGGGGAAGCAUCAAAAUGGUAUCGACUCCUCUGAUGACUUAAUGCAGGCGAUUGAUGAUUGCAAAAUCCGAACGGAAGCGUUGGAGCUUAAAAUAAGAAAGCAAACGGAGAACAUAAAGGUGUAUGAGUCGCGUAUUGAUAAAUACAACGCGGAGAAGGAGGAAUUAGCAUACCUCGAAAAGUUCAAUGCCUCCACACCCGAGGCGCAAGCGAAAUCACUUGUAGAGCAUUCCGCUGAGCAUAAAGCCGCGCUGGAGGAAAUAAGGAAGCUCCAAAAAGAAGAGGCGGCUAUCCGCGCUUCAGAUAAUUCAGAUGAACGGAUGAAGGCGUUUCAGAAGGAGUACGACCUCGUAUACGCUGCGGAGAAGCCGACGCGUGAUAAGGAGGCCCUUUUGAAGCAAAUAGAAACACUGGAGAAUGAAACGGCUCUUGCGGAUACGGAAAUCAUGCAAUUACAGGCCGAAAUUGAACAGUCGAAGAGUAAAUGUAACUGUGCAGUGAUGUAG